CAAGAUUUAUGAUGCUGCUGAGUUUGGUGACCGUUGGUUUCUUGGCAACGACUCUACGUGGAGCUAGCGCUGCUCAGUGCGCAUGCGCCACAGGAGAUGUCCACGUCCGGUCGGGUGUUGGAACGAGCCAUGCAAUCCUUGGCGUGCUGACAAAAGGGAGUUGCGCCACCUAUGAAGGCGAUCAGAACAGCGGGUGGAUGCAUGUCAACUUCAACGGCAAGAGCGGCUGGAUUGCGGGGAAUUACGUCAACAUUCAGAGUUGCUCGGGAGGUUCUACAGGGGGUACGAGCACUCAUGCCGGGUGUCCUCACAUUGUGACUAGGGCGCAGUGGGGCGCCAGGGCACCUCACUCCGUCAGCCAUCUUUCCGGGGCUGUGAAAUACGCCUUCAUCCAUCACGGAGAGAGUGGAACCUGUUCCAGUCAGAGCUCUUGCUCCGCCAUUGUCAGGAGCUAUCAGAAUUACCAUAUGGACACACACGGGUGGAGCGACAUCGGAUACAGCUUCCUGGUCGGCGAAGACGGCAACGCUUACGAGGGACGUGGCUGGGACAGGAUAGGAGCUCACACACAGGGCUACAACAGUGUUGGUCUGGGUUUCUGCAUGAUCGGCAACUUCAUGAAUCACGUCCCCAACAGUGCGGCUCUCAACACCGUCAAGGCCCUCAUUGCUUGCGGCGUCAGCAUGGGGAAGAUUCAGUCCAGCUACACCCUCAGAGGCCACCGCGACAUGGGCAGCACUGACUGUCCCGGGACAGCUCUGUACAAUCUCAUCAGAACGUGGCCACACUAUUGAAAUGUUCCUCUCGUAAUUAUAACCUUGUGAGGCAAUGUGGAUAACGUAAACAUAAUUACAGAAAUUGUUCGUCUUAAUACAUCAAUAUUUUAAUAAUGAAUAUUUGUAAUAAAGAAAAAUACAAUUGUGACUCAAUU